AUGGAUGCACACUCUACUGCAGUAGCUGCUAUUGCGGCUAAUGUGCGGUAUUUCUACGACCGAAAAAAGCCAUUUCGCAUAUACCAUGGCUCGACCAACAGUACCCGUCAAUCUCAGUACCGUCGAGACCAGAUGGUUGAUACGAGUGCCAUGUCGCAUGUUGUGAAAAUCGAUACCGAACAAAAAACUGCAUUGGUGGAGCCCAACGUCCCUAUGGACGCUCUUGUAGAAGCUACGUUGCAGCACGGUUUGAUUCCUCCGGUGGUCAUUGAGUUCCCGGGUGUUACUGUUGGUGGUGGUUUUGCCGGCACUUCGGGGGAAAGCAGCUCUUUCAGACACGGGUUUUUCGACCGCACUAUCAACUGGAUUGAAUUAGUCCUGGCGAACGGGGAGAUAGUGACAGCCUCGAGUACCGAGAAUCCUGAUCUUUUCUAUGGUGCUGCGUCGUCUUUUGGGACAUUGGGAGUGACUACUCUUCUUGAAUUACGGCUCAAAGAGGCCAAGUCCUAUGUGGAAUUGACCUACUAUCCCGUCUUUAGCAUGUCAGAGGCCAUAGAAAAGAUCCAACAGGCUACGGCAGAUUCCUCAAAUGACUACCUAGAUGGUAUCAUGUACUCUCAAAAUAGCGGAGUGGUCUGCUCGGGGCGAUUGACAAAUGACGUUAAGAAGGAGGUGCGAGUUCAAAGAUUCACACGCCCAGCGGAUCGCUGGUUCUACCUUCACGCACAGAAACUCAUCAAGGGAACACGAAGUCCAAUCACCGAGGCAGUUCCAAUCGUUGACUACGUUUUCCGGUACGAUCGUGGCGGAUUCUGGGUUGCUGCCUAUGCUUUCAAAUACUUUGUCACGCCAUUUAACCGCAUCACACGCUGGAUGCUCGACAGAUUCAUGCACACGCGCGUUAUGUACCAUGCGCUCCAUAAAAGUGGAUUUUCCUCGCAAUACGUCGUUCAGGAUGUCGGAAUCCCCUAUUCAAAAUCCGAUGAAUUUUUCCAGUACCUGGACCACUCUUUCAAACAUUACCCAAUCUGGCUUUGUCCAUUGAAAUGCAACGUCAAGUCUAUUGACCCAGCACUUGAAAUCAUGUACCGAAAGACAACACUUCCCCUGCCGGAGAUGUUGCUCAACUUCGGAAUAUGGGGCCCAGGACCAAAGGACCGUCGCAAGUUCGUAGAAUGGAACCGCAACUUGGAGCGCAAGGUUCAUGAGCUUGAGGGCCAGAAGUGGUUGUAUGCCCACACAUACUAUACUGAGGAGGAAUUCAAUCAGAUCUACGAUCGCGAGACAUAUGACGCACUGCGAAGAAAAUACCAUGCGACAUAUUUGCCGUCAGUGUACGACAAGGUGAAUAUAGAUAUCACCGCUGAGGAGAGAGCAUUGAAGGAGAGUUGGACGCUGUGGCUCCUGGCUUUGUUCUGGAGUAUCUGGCCGCUCAGUGGCUUGUAUGGAGUGUACAAGGCUGCGUUUGGGGGCGACUAUCUGUUACCCAGAAAGACGAAUAAGGCACUAGAGAGCCAGUGA